UUCUUUUGAUCUUGGACAGCAUACUCAUUUCUGUCUGAACUUGUUCUCAGUUGAUUGAUUGACAACAAUUUGAGGAAUAAAUUCAAGAAAUCCCGGAGAUCAACUAUCAACACUUUUGCAGGUGUCACAAUCUCAUGAUGGCCUCAAACAUGGCGUCCACACAACCUACCCACGCCAACGAAUUGGCCCUUGGAGACGAACUCUCUUCCCCUUCCUCCAAGUACCUGUUGAAGUCUUUUUUGGGGCAGGGCUCCUUUGGGAAAGUUGCGAGAUGCGUGAGGUUGAAAGACAUGACAACUGUGGCAGUCAAAAUGAUGAAGAAUAUUAGCAAAAGUCUGAAAGGAGCAAAUCACGAGGUGUCUAUCAUGGUUAACCUGAAAUCGCUGGACCCGGACAGAUGCAACAUAGUUCGAUGGCACGAAAUUUUCAUUGACAGGGGGCAUAUUUGCCUUGAAUUUGAGCAUCUCGACAAAAGUCUUUAUGACUUUAUGAGGGAUAGACAUUUUCGACCUCUCCUUCUGAUGGAGAUUAGACCAGUUGUCCAACAGCUUGCCAACGCACUCAAUCACUUGAAGACGAUUGGGAUUAUACAUGCUGACAUCAAAUGGGAGAACGUGAUGUUAGUGGACCAGGAGCGGAAGCCUUACACGGUCAAACUGAUUGACUUCGGUUUGGCCUGUAAAGUGUCAGAUGCCAAGCUGUGCGCGCACGUCCAGACCCGUCCAUACAGGUCUCCAGAGGUCAUCCUGGGACUGCCAUUUACAGAAGCCAUUGAUAUGUGGUCACUUGGCUGCCUGGCUGCUUCGUUGUACCUUGGCGCUCUCCUGUACCAGGGCAUAAAUGAACAUGAUAUGAUAAGGCGUAUAAUGGCAACUCAGGGUCCGCUCCCUAAUAACAUGCUCAGUCAUGGACGCAAGACUGCAUGUUUUUUCCAGAGAGAACACAAGUCCGGCACCACUUCCUGGAAACUGAAGGAACUUCAACACAAAGACGGACAGAGGGAAAGAAGAACGCCAAACCUCAGCUCUCUGGAUGAACUUGUGACGAUCCGGGGCAUCAAGUAUGACAAUUAUGCAGAUUAUUCUGCACAUAGUCAUGAUGUGGCGAUGUUUGCGGACAUGAUUAAGGGAAUGCUUCAGCUCGACCCUGCAAAACGUAUUACACCAAGUCAGGUGCUGGAGCAUAGGUUCAUCAGCCUGUCCCACAUUGCCCACUUGGAAAGCAUGAGUUCCUAUGUUAGGUCCUGCUUUAAGAUUAUGGCCCCCCACCGCAUCCAGCAGAACCGUCCUCCUCCUCCUGCUGAGAGCAGUGAUCUAAGGCAGCCUAAAUGCAACAUCUCACAUCUCGGUGCCAGUUCACAGACCACAAAUUCAGGCAAGUCAGGGAUCAAAAGAUCUUUAGAAGAUGAAGAUGGGAAAGCGUGUGGAACCUCUCAACCAUCCAAGAGAGUCAAGUCCACACACGAUGACAGAACUCUGCCGAAAAGCUGUGCACUUCAGUCCGCUUCGAGCAGCAACAGCCAAGCUCAGAGCUGCAUUUCACCAAGUGUGAAGAGGAAGCGGACAAGUGAAGAAGAACCUGGUCACAAGGAGAAGCGAUCCAGGAACACCAGCUCUGAACAACGCGGCAGGGUGAAACCCAUGAAGAAGAUCCAGAUCGAAGAUCCCUGUACUCAGCCUAGAGUGAAAAGGAAGGCACCGGAUGAUGAUGAUGACAAAGAUGUCCGGCCUGCAAAGAUGCCCAGCCCCUGCGGCUGAUGACGAUGAGGACGACGAAGAUGUGCGGUGUGGAAAGGAGCCCACCUCCCCCACCCCCGGCCCGGAUGACGAUGAGGACGACGAAGAUGUGCGGCGUGGAAAGGAGCCCACCUCCCCACCCCCGGCCCGGAUGACGAUGAGGACGACGAAGAUGUGCGGCGUGGAAAGGAGCCCCCCACACCCAAACCUCCAAGAGGCCGUCGCCUACAGCCAUUUAAGCACUGUAGUAGUUGUCUGUGGCUUUGCUCUACCCCCCCCCGGGUCGCGGCAGAUGACCAUCCACCAGUGGGCCAGGUUCUGCUCGAGGUUUCUGCCUGUUAAAGGGAAGUUUUUCCUCGCCACUGUCGCCAAGUGCUUGCCCCUGGUGAAAUUGGAGUUCGCAAAUAAUUCUAAUUUGUAGAUAAUAGUGUUUCCCCUAGAAUUUAGAAUAUUAGCUAACGCGAUUUAGCAGCUAAAAACUUACUCUCACUGCUCCUUUCCUCACACAGAUAGAGUUUGUGUUUGUGAUAGUGAUUGUGAAAUUUCAGCAGCGGCACUCAUAAUCUAGCAGCAGUGCUGCACCGCUACUGAAUGUAUCUAGGGGAAACACUGUAUAUAA